UACAGAACUACAUUUUAAGUCUUUUCGGUUCUGAGUAGUCAAAUAAUAAUUUGGAAACUUGAAACAUAAGGAGGAUAAUAUUUUACCAACACAUUGGUUUUGUAUCAUCUGAUUGAAAUGUCGCUUCGGUCAAUCAAAAGAAAUUUGUAUUUGUUUCGGAAAACGAUUAUUCUCAUUCUUACUCCUUUAAUAUUUUGCCCGCUGCUCAUUCUUGCAGAAAAGGAAUAUUUCGAGCGAUCAGCAUGCGCUUACACUAUACUAUUGAUGGCAGUAUACUGGGUGUCUGAAGUUGUGCCUCUCGCUGUAACAGCUUUAUUACCUCUUGUUCUGUAUCCACUUCUCGGAGUUUUGCCUGCCUCUGUGGUCAGUGUUCAGUAUUUGAAAGACAUUAAUAUUCUCUUCCUUGGAGGACUGACGGUUGCCGUUGCUGUUGAAAAUUGGAAUCUACACAAAAGAAUCGCUCUUAAAGUUUUGACUUUUGUUGGAGCCAAACCAAGAUGGUUAUUGUUUGGAUUCAUGGUAACAACUGCCUUCUUAUCAAUGUGGAUAAGUAAUGUUGCUACAACAGCUAUGAUGAUUCCGAUUGCACAAGCUGUAUUGACUGAAAUGGAAGAAGACUCUGAAAGAAAGGAGGAUAGCAGUGAUUCAGGUUGUAAUACUCCAGAGGAAAUUGUUGUUGAUGCUCCCGAACGAAAGAGAUACAGCACUACAAUUGAAGAAACUCCAUUAGGGGCCGAGAUGGGAAAUAUUGGUGAUGCUGCGGAGCUCGGUAAGCGAUUAGCUUCUCAUGAUAUCAAUGAUGUUCCAACUUGGGCCCAAAGUGAAACAACAAAAAGAUAUUCCAAUGGAGCAAAAUAUGAUCUCGUUGGGAAUCAUACAAAUAUGAUGCUGACUGUACCAACGCCAGGUUCAGAUGAAGGGCCUGAUACAUCCACCACAUUACUUGUACCGGAUCAGCAACAGAAUAAUAUGAAUGCUGAUAUUGAGAAAUUGGACUAUUCUAGUAAGCCGAAACAUAAAACUAACGAAGGAAUGUGCAAAGCAUUAACAAUUUGUAUCUGUUAUGCGGCGAAUAUUGGUGGGACAGCUACCUUGACUGGCACAGGGCCCAAUCUUAUUAUGGCAGGACAGUUUAAAACAACCUACAAAGAAGCACCUGAAGUUGAUUUUGGAUCUUGGGCAAUGUAUGCUUUCCCCGGCAUGGUCCUGUUUCUUCUAUUUGCUUGGUUGUGGUUGCAAUAUCUCUUCUUAGACAUGGGAUUCAAAGAUCUAUUUACUUGCUGCUGCAAAAAACAUGCCAAAACUCCUGAAGAAAUUUCUGCGGAAAACGUAAUCUAUAGACAAUAUAGAGAUCUGGGGCCUAUGAGUUUUGCCGAAAUAUCUGUCUUGGUAUUGUUCAUUUUACUCGCUUUGCUGUGGUUGACAAGAGCUCCAGGGUUUGUCAAUGGAUGGGGAUCAUUAUACAUUUUCAAAGAAAAAUAUGUAACAGAUGCAACAGUUGCAAUGUUGAUUACAUUUAUUCUUUUUGUCUUCCCUUCGAAAAGACCUAACAUGUAUUGUUUCCAACCAUAUGGUUCAGAAGAAAAAGGCCCUGUUCCACCGCUUCUAACCUGGGCAGUCGUUCAACAAAAAAUGGCCUGGAAUGUUAUUCUUCUUUUGGGAGGUGGAUUUGCUAUGGCAUUAGGAUCUAAGACUUCAGGACUUUCUGCAUGGAUCGGAAGUAAGUUGGAGCCACUGAGUGAAAUACCACCGUUCGGUGCAACAUUCAUUUGCUGUUUCGUUAUCUGUGCAUUAACGCAAUGUACGAGCAACACAGCAACUGCCACUGUGUUCAUUCCCAUACUCGCUGAAUUGGCUGAGGUGCUGCAUGUGAAUCCACUUUACCUAAUGUUACCUGCAACUGUGACGACUUCUUAUGCUUUCAUGUUGCCUGUCUCGACACCUCCAAACGCAAUUGCUUAUUCUUAUGGUCAUUUGAAAAUGAAAGACAUGAUCAAAGCAGGUUCACUUUUAAACCUUGUCGGCAUUGUCAUUGUAGUAUCAUCGAUUUAUAUCAUGGGUGGACCAGCCUUCGAUGUUUUUGAUAUUUGUCCAAAAUGGCUUCAUAGCCCUUACUGUAUUGGCUUGAGGAAUAUGACGAUGAACAAUUCUACAUUAUUGUCUACUAUCGCUCCUAAUAUAACAUCUCUGGGAAGCUAAAAUGAAAAUCUUGCAAUUGAUGAUUGUCAAACAGUCAAUAUUGUAAAUAGUUAGCUGACCGGCAUACGGGGGUCGGAAGACGAACAAUGCAAUUGAUAGUGUUUAUUUAUUUUUGAGCGUCUGGAGAAGUUAUCGAGUCUGGGAUUAUUGCAACAUUUUCAUUAUAAAGAAAGUUUGAAUGAAUUCUAUCUGCAGAAAUGGAUUUUGAAUAGCUAAUAAUUAUUUUUUCCAUGAAAUUUGUUAUUUUACUGUGAAAUCAGGAUUUAACCAUAAAAAAGAUCAAUUCAAAUUAUUCUGACAUGUAAGUGAAAUCCCAGAAACGAUUUCGAAAUGGACAUCAAGGUUACUUCCCUCAACCAAAAGUUCCAAUGAUCUGGGCAAAUCAGUAUUUUUAAAAGAAUUUUAUUCCUUGGAUAAUUUUGACAACGUUUUCUCCGUUCAACAACAUUUAUACUAGGGACUAUUUUGUUGGGCAGGUCAGGGAUUCACAACCGACUCCCAAACACAAAGUUUGGCCGCAAAAAUUUGGCAAAAACAAACCUUCUAUUAUUGUAAGUUGAGAAUGCUUAGCUAACUUGAUGCUCUUUGUGUGUUUUUGCCACUAAUUUUGACUGCGAUUAUCACCAUUAGAAGUCUAAAUUCCGAAAACUCUAGCUCAGACUCAAAUAUCAAUAAAAACACAAAAAUCUCCUCUGUUUAUAGAUACAUCCAUUUCUUAUUCAUCAUAUGCUUAACCACAGUGAUUAGUCAAAAAUGUGGUCUCUUUGUGUGAUCUCAUCUAAAUUCUUUUGGUGCAAAUAAAUGCUAGUCGAAUUUAAGUUAUUUAAUAACUGUGUGCAUUGCGCAAUAUCUGAGCAUUAUGGUGCAAAAAUAUGAUAUGGCACUGUGUUAUUUUUCGCUGAUACAAUGUUGGAUUGGUAUUGAAAUUGAAUUUUUCACCUAGUUUUGUGCUAAUUUGGAAUUCAACAUUAUAAACUUGAAAAUUUGAUGAGAUUUUAUACAUGUUCACUCUAAUAUGGGAAUGGAUAGGACUUCUAUUUGGCUAGAGUGUCAUAGCCUACUUGUUUUCCUAAACUCUGGGUGAGUAGAUAGUCUGAUUGUAAACAAUGGAGAUCUCUAUCCUUUGAUAUCCUAUAUAGACGAAUGCUCUAACUUUAAGCCAUAAUGACAACUCAUAAAACUUCUAUCUAUAAGCGUUUUUGCAUUGUUUAUUGUUAAUCUAAACUUGAUAUGCAAAGUUGUCUAAGCUUGUUAAUCUAAAACUGUAGGGAAAGCCAAAAUUAAUUAAAAUACGGGCUAAUUUAUUUACAUUGAAACU